AUGGAGAGAGUGACCCUGGCCCUUCUCCUACUGGCAGGCCUGACUGCCUUGGAAGCCAAUGACCCAUUUGCCAAUAAAGACGAUCCCUUCUACUAUGACUGGAAAAACCUGCCGCUGAGCGGACUGAUCUGCGGAGGGCUCCUGGCCAUUGCUGGGAUCGCGGCAGUUCUGAGUGGCAAAUGCAAAUGCAAGAGCAGCCAGAAGCAGCACAGUCCUGUACCUGAGAAAGCCAUCCCACUCAUCACUCCAGGCUCUGCCACUACCUGCUGAGCACAGGACCGGCCUCCAGGGAUGGCCUGAAGCCUAACACGGGCCCCCAGCACCUCCUCCCCGGGAGGCCUUAUCCUCAAGGAAGGACUUCUCUCCAAGGGCAGGCUGUUAGGCCCCUUUCUGAUCAGGAGGCUUCUUUAUGAAUUAAACUCGCCCCACCACCCCCUCA